AUGCUUAAAGAAAAUCACACCAUGAAGUGUAAGUUUACCCUCACAGGAUUUACAGACCAUCCUGAAAUGAAGGCCCUUCUGUUUGCGGUAUUCUUUAUCAUCUAUCUGAUUACCAUGGUAGGGAAUAUGGGCCUGGUGAUUCUGAUUUCCAAAGAACGUUCUCUUCACACCCCAAUGUACAUCUUUCUGGGCAACCUGGCUCUCAUAGAUUCUUGUUGUGCUUGUGCUAUUACCCCUAAGAUGUUGGAGAACUUUUUCUCUGAGACUGGAAUAAUUUCUCUUUAUGAAUGCAUGGCACAGUUUUAUUUUCUGUGCACUGUUGAAACUGCAGACUGCUUUCUUCUGGCGGCCAUGGCCUAUGACCGCUAUGUGGCCAUAUGCAACCCCCUGCAGUACCAUACCAUGAUGUCCAAGAAACUCUGCCUUCAGAUGACCGUGGGAGCCUUCAUAGCUGGUAACCUGCAUUCCAUGAUUCAUGUGGGGCUAUUAUUUAGACUAGCAUUCUGUGGGUCUAAUCAAAUCAACCACUUUUAUUGUGAUAUUCUUCCUUUGUACAGACUCUCCUGUGUUGACCCCUAUAUCAAUGAGCUUGUGCUGUUUGUCUUUUCAGGCUCUAUCCAAGUCUUCACAAUAGGCUGUGUGCUCGUAUCUUACCUUUACAUUGUUUUAACAAUUUUCCAGAUGAAAUCCAAAGAGGGAAGGGUGAAAGCCUUCUCCACCUGUGCGUCCCACUUUCUGUCUGUUUCACUAUUCUACGGGUCUCUUUUCUUCAUGUACAUUAGACCAAAUUUGCUAGAAGAAGGGGAUAAGGAUAUACCAGCUGCUAUUUUGUUUACAAUAGUGGUUCCCUUACUAAACCCAUUUAUUUAUAGCCUGAGAAAUAAAGAAGUAAAGAAUGUCUUGCAGAAAAUUCUACAGAAAAAAAUAAUCUCAAGGAAUUUUAGACAAGCAUCUGCUAUAGUGUAA